CCACAACCCGCCCCUUUCACAUCCAGAUACGUUUGCAAUGGGUUGGCUUUGGUCUAGUCCUUCAGAGGCCGCGCCCUCUUCAGCCCAAGAAAAUACCACAUCCUCUCCACAAUCCGCGGCCGCGCCCCCAGCCGCGCCAGACCACCAGACCUCUUCGAAACCCUUGACCAGAGAAGAGCUCGCAGAGAAAGAACUGCAAUCCUUCCUCCAAGAAAUCGAAGCAGACACUCGACCGAGCAGUACAAAGUACAAUCGAGUUCCACGGCAACCACCGUCUCCAAACAGCAGUCCCAAUGACGAGCCUCUGUCCGAACAGCUGCUCCCCAGAACCAUGAGCUGUAGAGAGGCCUUCGAUGCGGCGUUCUAUUGCAAUUCGCUGGGUGGGCAGUUCAAUAAUCUAUAUCGCUAUGGUACGGUGAGGUCGUGUUCAGAAAAUUGGAGUGAUUUCUGGUUCUGUAUGCGUACCAGAACUCUGGGGGAUAAGGAGAAGGAGGAGGCGAUCAAGGCGAGAUAUAGGGAGAAGGAGAAGAGGAGAUACGGGAGGGAUGAGAUUGGAAAAAGCAGCGAGGAUGUGUGGAAGAGUCGGGAGAAGAAGAUGGAGUGGGGAGAAGCAUUUAAUACCCCCUUUCCAGACUUGCCCGCGAAUGACGAAGAAUGGAACCGGAUGGAGAGGGAGAGGAGGGCGAGGGUGCAAGGCGGCACAAUUUCAUGAGUUUUUGUUAUUGAUGUAUAAAUAGUAAUAGUCUGGGCAUGGCGAUCAGAGGCGUCCAGACACUGGGCCUUGUUAAAAAAUCAGGUUAACUUGAAGCAUCUAGAUACGAUUCCCAAUAUAUACGAAUCCACUCCUCCG